GCGGGCGGGAGAGGAGGAAUCGAAUGAGAGAAGGAGGGACCUAAGAUGAGGCUCCGUGCUGGGCCGGGUGGGCGGAGCCUGGGGGCGUGGCCCUGCAGCGCGGUGUUCGGGCCGCCGCGGGGCGGGCGCUGCUCUCCUGAAGGUGGCUUCUGCCUGGUGGCUCAUGAGGCACCGGACUCUGGCCUCCAGCCCGACUCUCUGGGCCUCCAUCCCCUGUCCACGCUCUGAGCUGCGCCUGGACCUGGUUUUAGCUUCUGGACAGUCCUUUCGGUGGAGGGAGCAUAGCCCUGCACACUGGAGUGGCGUACUGGAGAGCCGAGUAUGGACACUGACUCAAACGGAAGGGCGGCUUUUCUGCACUGUGUACCGAGAGAACGAGGAUUGGAGUGGCAGGCCGACAUUGGAGGAGCUGAAGGCCAUCCGAGAAUACUUCCAGCUGGAUGUCAGCUUGGCUCAACUGUACAGACAUUGGGGUUCUGUGGACCCCCACUUCCAAGACGUGGCUCAGAAAUUCCAAGUGCUGACCGCAGGUGGCUCACUCUGCUUAUUGAAGGUGGCUGACUGCGUCUGCCUGAUGGCCCUGGACAAACCCCAGGCUGUGCCCGUGGAUGUCCAUAUGUGGCAGAUCGCCCAACGGGACUACAGCUGGCACCCCACCACAUCUCGGGCCAAGGGUCCAAACCCCCAAGCUAACAAGGAGCUGGGAAACUUUUUCCGGAGCCUUUGGGGACCUUAUGCUGGCUGGGCCCAAGCAGUGCUGUUCAGUGCCGACUUGCGCCAGCCCACCCACCGUGCCCAAGAGCCACCAGCAAAGCGCCGGAAAGCGUCCAAAGGGCCAGAAGUUUAGAUGGGACAUGAGAGAAAGGAAUUCCCCAGCACUUCCACACCUCUGCUUCUUUCUCCCAUCCACACCUCUUGUCUCCUGUUGGGGAAGGAUCUCUGCAGCUCCCUCAGGGUGACACAGCAAGGGGAGACAGAGC